UCACGUCCCUGUCAUGGUCACUCGUUUCAGCAGCAGCAGCGUCUCUUCGCUGUCUAUAAGUUGAUCGUCUAUCGUGUACAUCAAGUUGGUUUGACCACCCAGAAUCGGACAGUUCGAGCCUCUCUUUCUGUAUUCAAGCGUUCAAAAAUUCUUUAAAACCGCGAGUUGCGGUGAGUCGCAAGUGAGAAAAAAGUGAGAGAACACAUAGGAGAAAAAAAAGAGACAUAAGAAGCGAAGAAAAGCACAACACGAUAAUAAUGACGUCGCGAUUCGAGAAGGAGCGGGCCAAACAGAUCCAGGACAAGUGCCAGGAUCUUUUGACGCAAAUGUUGCGAGAUGAGGACAACAAGUAUUGUGUCGAUUGUGAUGCCAAAGGACCGAGAUGGGCGAGCUGGAAUCUGGGAAUAUUUUUGUGUAUUCGCUGUGCUGGAAUACACAGGAAUCUUGGAGUUCAUAUAAGCAAAGUGAAAUCCGUCAAUUUGGAUACAUGGACACCGGAGCAAGUAGUGAGUCUGCAACAAAUGGGCAAUUCACGUGCCAGAGCUGUGUACGAAGCCAAUCUGCCGGAUAGCUUCAGAAGACCACAGACAGACUGCAGUUUGGAAAGUUUCAUUAGAGCAAAGUAUGAACACAAAAAAUACAUUGCGAGAGAAUGGGUUCCUCCGCCUUUACCAAAGGUGAAUUGGGACAAGGAGCUCGAUGAAGAGGCGGAACGACAACGUCGGCGAAAGAAGGAAGGCACGAAAUCGAGCACCACCCAAAACACCCUCCCCCCGGUAAAGAAAGCUGAAAUAGUUCCGCAAAUACCGAAGCCACGAAGCUCCGUCAGUCCUAAACCAAAUAGAGCGAAUAAUGCAGCAACGCUGGAUCUUUUGGGUCUUGAUGCUCCAGUGAGUCAGACGAAUGCUAAUGGCUCGACAUCAGGGGACGAUAUAUUUUCGUCUUUCCUGUCAGCUACCCCAGCGAAUUCGUCGCCAGCCCCACCGACAGGUGCAACAAACGGUAGUGCCGAGUCGACCGGCGUCGCGAGUAAAACAGACGAAGAAAAUUUCUUCAAUCAGCCAGCACCAACGCCCCAGGAAAAAAGUAAAAUGACGAAGGACAGUAUUCUUGCGCUUUAUGGAACUCCGAGCCAUCAACAAUCACCUUUUGCAGUCCAAGGUGGCUCCAUGUACGCGCAACAACAACCGGUCCAGCAAUUUGCUCAACCCGUACAAAACUUGGGAGCUUUUGGACCACAAAAUAGUUUUCCUAGCCAAUCGAGCGGCAUCGGACAGUUAAAUCAAUUGCAGGGACAAAUAGGAAUACCCGGUGCGAACCAACUAAACAUUGCAACCAAUCAAAUGGCUCUCAACUCCAGUCAGAUGGUCAAUCCUUUGGCUAACAGUUUACACAUGGGUGCGGUCAACCAAAUUAACAGCUUACCAACCAAUGCAAUGGCGAUGCAGAAUCAAAUGGGUGUGAGCCAAGUUUCUUCGCAGUUAAUGCAGAUGCAGGGACAGAGUAACAUAAGUAGUAACAAUGGUUGGAGCGGGAUCAUGGCAUCGCAGAACUUACAACCUGCACCGGGGAGUAAUCCAUUCUUCAAUCUCCCUGCACAGCCACAAUUAAACACGCCCUUUGCACCGCAGUUACCACAGCAGAUGGCUCAAAUGUCUCUCGGUGGAUUGGUGAAGCCACCCUCGAGCGUGUUGCCGGGACAGACUCUCUCGACCAACUUGUGGCAGUAACUAGGAUUUAUAUAACAAAUGAAUUUUGUUGAUCAGAUAACAUGUAAAGAAGAAGCAAGAUUAUUCGGCGACUAAAACAGCAGGGGUAUCGUCGUCAUUGCCCAAAUUGCUCUAUUCCACGCUUUCUUGAAGAAAGAUCGAAGCGUCUUCUUCAUUGAACUGCAACCUCUUGCGCUUCUGGUCGCCCUUUGUCCGUCUCUCUUUCUGCGACAACCCAAAUGGAAUGAGACGAAUGUACUUGUCUUUCGGCGUCUAUUACUAUGGGAUUAGAUUCCUCGUAUGUGAUGGACUUCGGUCCUGAGACACUGACUUUGGCUAAAUUUUCGCCACUUUUAGCAUUAUUAUUUUCGCUCAUUUCGUUACUCUCCAUAUGUCCAUCUCGUGGGUCUUUGGUUCAUUCUUUCGUUGUAAAAACGACCUUUGGCGACUGAGCACGCAGUGACCUUAAAGCUCGGUAAACGCUUCAACAAUUUUCUUUCAAAAUUACUUUCGAUCUUGGAAUAAAGUUAGAUAAAGAUGGAGAAAAUUCAAAGAGCAGAACAGCAUUGGUGAGCGCAUGAAACUUUUUGUGUGCUCAGCACUUCUGGUCUCUUCAAAAAUUAUUGAAGCAAAGCGUGCAUGAAAAUCUAAUUGAUUCACGAAAGUUGUGAGCGAUAAAAAGAAUGGUGAAACUGCUUGCGUCUUACCACGGUCACAGGAAGUUAUUUAAGACGCAGAGCCACCAAAAAUCAUUUUGGAUCAAGCGUUUAUGGAAAUUUGUAAAUUAUCAUUCUGAAAUCUGUAAAAUAAUCAACCCUAUAAUUCAUAUUUUGUGAGAAAAUGAGGGAUAAAAAAAAAGCUAAAGAAACGAAAAACGAAGUAACACAGAAGAAAUCUUAACUUAGGUCUACUUUUCCAUUGAGAAACUUAUGUAUAAAGCGAAAGAGAGAGAAAGAGAGUUUCCGUCAUUUUAAUUAUUCCAAACCAUUGAGAGGAAUAAGCAAAAAAAACACAAGAAAUAUUACAAAUUCAUUGUAUUGGACGAUGUAAAUAUUACACAAUCGUAGACAACUACUUCAUCGCAGGUUAUAUUUUCGUACUUGCGAUUUAAUGUUACGCGCCAGAUACUUUGCCUUACCUAAACACAAAGGGACAUUUUGAACAAUAUAUUUCACUGUACCGAAACUCAUCAGUUCUAAACCUGAGAAUUGAGUGAAAUUUUAAACGAGAUGCUAUUCUAUAAAAGAAAAUCAAUUCAAAACAAUCACCAUUUUCACCAACAAAUUAAUAAACUCAGAGAUAAAAAAAAAACAAACCUAAAUGAAUCGAAAUUUUCGUACAAAAUCUUUCAAAUAUUUCCAUGACUCAAAACUUUUGCUUUUUAAAAUUAAAUGAACAUGAGAUAAAUUUUUAAUGAUUUUCCAGGCGGAGAAAACUCUUUCAAGGGCACACAAAGUCGGAGGAUCCCAAAGAGCGAAUUGAAACCUCUUUUCCCACAAAAUAUCAUUUUCAUUCUCUGUUUAAAAAUAAUAACAAAAGUGUGAAUUAUUUAUUUUGGGACCGAUAAAUUGUUCAAUGUUGAUGGUUUCAAUUGAAAAGCUUUUAAGGAAUCGUCGGGAUCGGUGUGUCCUUCAAUAAAAUCACUGGAAACUCAAUAACUACGCAAUAUUAUUGGAAUAAAGUUUUGUUUAAGAGAGAGCACAAAAUCUCGAGCAGUACUUACGACGGAACGUUGCGAUGAAGAAAACUCUCGCGACAAGUGAAUUCGAGAUAAAAAUAUCGUCGAGCAUAUCGCGACUUCGUUAGUUAUUGCACUUUUAUUAGUAUUUUGUUUGAUUGUAUUUUUUUUUUUAUAUAUUUGCGGCUACAGUAUUACGGUUGCCUAAAGAAACACAAGAUUGAAGUGUGCAUCGUUGGAGCGAAGAACUUUCCUAACACUUUAAGCGAGCUUCAGGCUCUUCAAAACAGGAAAUUUCGUUGCGUUUCAACGUUGCGAAUUUCAAUAUUAUUAAAAAGUUCUGAAUCGAAGAGGUUUUGUAGAACUUCAGUCCACAUUCCCACCGAAACGGUGACUGUUAUUUUUGGGCGUACGUCAAAAACAUUCGAAUGCAGAAGAGGGGGGAUGGAAGUUUGACAACAAUGGUGCUUGUCUGUGCGUGUCCAGGUUUUUCGGGACUCUUGUUCAAUCGAAUUACCUGCUGAGGGAGGAUCGAUCGUGAGAUUUCGAAAAAUCACUUUAAAAUAAGAAAGAAACGUUACGACUGUCGUACGUGAUUUUUAUUGAAUUCAUAUUAUGUCGUAUAAGAGAUUGCUGAAAGUCCGAAGAUCGUCACGAUCCCUCGACUUGAUCUCGGAGACUCGGACUCUAAGCAAAUGGCCGAAAUAACCUUACAUAGUUUUUUUUUGUUUUUGUCUUGCUGCUCUCCCGUAUUUAGAUGAACCGUCCUGAGCGAUGUUGUUAUACACACUUACAUUUUGCACUCUCGUUUCUCUCGUUCCCCGUUCGACUCUGUAUACUCUUGUACAUGCGACGAAAAAAUGAAAGGAAUAAGCGAAUUAGUGAAAUUUCAAAUAUACAAUUUGACAAUAAUUUUUACCCUCGCGUCGACGCCCGAGUCGAAUUCGCAAUUUUUACAGGACAGACAAACCGUUACUCAACAACUCAAAUCUCAAUCGCCUAAUCGUUGUUAAUGUACUUUGUCGAAUUGUAUAGAUGCGAAAUAUCAAUAAAACGGAAACGGAAAACAUUAUCAACGAUCUUUAUCAUUGCACACACGAAUAAAUUGUCAAGGGAUCUUCUCGAAUUGCUGGAUCGAUCGUGUCUGUUUUUGUUGUGAUAUCAAAACUGACGUUACGAAUCAUGAAAAAAAAUCUUCCUUGCUCCAUGAGCGAACUUUACGAGAGUAUUGUCCCUCGUAUUUAUUGUACAAUUUUUCAAUAACGUUAAAAUGCCGUGUGUGUCUGGGAGAACGAGGGCAAAUGUAUGUUUUUUGAAAAAUUCAUUUUUUACAUUUUCAUCGUUACAGACGUCUAUCUGGAAUUCCAUUUUUUUUUUUAAGUUCAAUUUUAUCCACACUCGCGAUUAUAAAUAAUAUUCAUUCAUGCGUCAUUUACUUAAAAAACGUUCAAAACAAUCGACCAUUGCUGAUCGAUCAGCUGAUAAAUUUAGGUGAAAAUCAAUUUUUCAAUAAAGUUACUCGUUCGAACGGAAUGCGCAGUUUUCUCAAUGUGAUGUUUCAAACAAAAAAGCGUUAAGACUGUCGAAAGAGAAACGAAAUGUUUUGACGAAGUCACUGAACUGUUUCAGUUCGGUGGUCUAAGUAUACGAAAACUGAGAGUGAGGAGUGAGGGCCCGAUGGUGCUGCCAAAAAACUGCAACCAUAAUUACACCAUUUUCAAUGAUGCGCAUUUUUUUGGGAUAAAAAAUUCACGUCGAUGGCAGCACGCACUUUUCUUUUGAUUUCUUUAGUUCAAAACGACUCACCUUUUCAAAAUGUCUGUUCGAAAUUAUUUUUUCAUUGGAUUCUUCAAUCUCAGGAACGCAUAGAGAGUAUAAUUCUUAUUGGAACGGAAUUCCGAAACUUAUUCACUAACGCGGAAAAAUAUUGCUAAAAAUAAUUAAUGGAUUUUUUAAACUUGACGAAAAUUGAUUUCCAAUAACGAAAUUCUGAUGUUCGGAUGAUUUUGUAUCGACAAACGUGUGCGAUUAUCUUCGUCAGAGAGCAUUCGAAAAAUUUUGCCAAAUUGUGCUAAAACACUGAAAUUUCUAUGGAAUGAAAAAAAAAUGGUCUGAAUAUCGUUGAACGUUAAACGUUUCUUCCGUUAGCAAAAAACGAAAAAAAUAGCGUCGUGGCAAAUGCUCAAAAAUAUGGAGGUUAAAUUAUCCACUUUCCAGACACAUUUACGAGAGGCAUUGUUUUGGAGUGGUGAAAAUAUCGAGAACUGCCACAUUAUAGAUUUCGAAGAUCGUGUUCAACUUAGUUUCCAAAGGGUUAAAAAAAAAAGAAAAAUCGAUUUCAGUCGAUGUACGAUUAAAAUCAAACGAAAAUAUAUAGCUCGUUCCAUCAUUGCGAAAUCCUCAAAAUUACUUUAUUUUUAAUGAUCAAUAAUCAACGUAGCAACGAAAUAAAUACGUGAAGGCCCUUUCAGUGAUGUUCUCAAAGAACAUCACAAUAUACAUAGAAUUAUAUAUUAUAUAUUUCCAUUAUCGAGAUAUGUAUAUAUAUACAUAUAUAUAUUUCGAUGCGUUCCAUCGGAAAAACAAAUAAUAAUGCAAGAAUAUGCAGAUUACAGUUGUAAAAUGGUGUUUGUAAGAAUGUGAGUGUGUAGCCAAAAAUUUAUGAAGACUAUGGAAAAACAAAUAUAUGUACAUUGAAAAACGUU